GGUUCGCGUUUUCAGUGAUCCCCCUACCGUACUGCGGCGCUGCGACGCACCAGCUGAGCUUGAGGCGACGGGCUCAUAUAUAUAUAUAUAUAUAUAUAUAUAUACGGCGCACGCAGUUCUUUACUUUAUAGUUUACAUAUUGCGCUUACUUACGGGCUACUUAUACGAUACGAGAUCUACUUUCAAGUAGAUAAACACUUAUAUUGUACUAUAAGUAUACUGCUGCUCAUCGUCAAACAAAAACAUAAUGCAGAAGACAAGGAUGAGUACAAGCGCAGCACAAGCUGCCAAAGUCAAGAAAAAAUUAACAAAAGAACAAAUGCAAUUGACGAUACUCAAGAAAAAAGAUUGCGAUGCUGCAGCUUUGAGAAUAGUAACGCAAAUGUUGGAGCCUGAAGUGAAUCCUGUAUGGCUUGUGGAAAAUCUGAAAUAUAUCAACAAAUGUCAUAUGGAAGAUGUGAUUGAGGAACGAGCCAUCACGAAAUUAUGUGGCUAUGUUCUUUGUCAAAAGCCUAUUACAGUUGUUAUGAAGCAACGUUAUCGUAUUUCAUUAAAAGACAAGAAGGUUUACGAUAUUAGCAAAAGAAAAAACUUUUGCAGCCCAGGUUGUUUUGGAGCAUCAAAUUUUUUACUCGAACAAAUGCUUACCAGUCCUCUAUGGGUGAGAGAUAAUGAACAAAUACCGAAAUUCAGAAUUUUUACUCCAAGUUCUCUAACUUCUCAUGGAGAAGUGGUGGACAUUACUAUUACUAAUCCUUGCUCAAAGGAUGAUAUUGAAAAUCUGAAGGAAACAGAAGAUGAUAAAGAAGAAAAGAAACCCUCAACUGAUGAUACUAUACAUAAUAUGGAACAAAUGAUUGAAAGGACAUCGAAGGAAUCAAAGAUAGGAGAACUUUCAGAAAAUAUAGAAGAUUUUGUUCUUGAAACCAUUAAGAAUAUGAAUAUUGAAAAAGCAGAUAUGAAAGAAAGUCUUGACGCACAGUUUGUUGCAAACAAAGUUAAACAAGAUGAAAAAAUAAAACCCAAUGAUGUGAAUUCUAGUACAAAAGUGAGGCUCGAAGAUGCACUUUCUAGAAAUAAACUAAAAGAUGUAAAUGUAGAAACUAUAAUUGCAGAAAGUAAAGUACUUGAAGGUACUAAAAGCACUGAUGAAAUGAUUCAACAUAAGAAUCAGGAGUCAGAUAUUAUUGAGCAACAUAGUUAUUUUGUAGAAGCUCCUAAAAGUCAAAGAAAUUCAAAAUUAAAUAUUGAACAAGAACAUGUAAAUAAAAAAGAUUCCAUAAAUACAAUACAACCUGAAAUUUUGUUACACUGGGAAAAAACAUCAUCAAUUGAUGCAAGCAAAGAUGUAAAAUCUUUAAAACAUGGCAAAAAUGACAAUGAGAUUGAGAAAAAUAGAACUAAACAACUGGAAUCAUCAGAAUUGCAAACUCAAGAAAUUGAUAAAAAAAUUGAAAAAUCAAAAAUUAUCAAGAAAAAACGAUUGGAACAAAAAGUUGACCCAGUUCUAAAUUUGGCUGCCAAGAUUGAACAAAACUUCAAAGAAUGGAUAACUGAGGAUACUAUUAAUUUUUUAUUUGGGGAUGAUUCUGUAAAACAGAAAACUAUUGAGAAAAUUGAUAAACAAGAUAGGUAUAAAAUUUUAUGUGACAAGCUUGAUAAGCUCCAGUUUCAAGAUGAACAGGAAGACGUCAAAAUAUUGGAAAAACCCAAGUUAAAACCUGCGCCACAUUUUGCAUUUUUGCAAGAAGAGGGAGAAAAACUUGACUUAAAGGUGCGUGCAUUUUAUCAAGGGAAAACAGUGAUAGAAGAAUCAAAGGCAACAGUGUCUACUGAAGAAAAUGAUGAUACAGAUACGUUUUUGCCAUUAACAGAUGUUCAUGCAAGUAAAACUCUUCGUCAAAAAAUUGUUCUGGAAAAACUCGAUCAAGUAUUACCGGACCUUAUUCGAACGUUAGCUGGCAAUAGUGAGGUAUCUGUGAAAGCAAGUUUGAAUUAUACAAGCUUCAGAUGUACAGCAGUCAAAGCUCUGAUUCAAACCUUCAAAUUAUCAGCUAAAAAUAUUAUAUUUAAAACUGCUGAAUGGACUCUAGUUAGCCUAAUCAUUAUCAAAAUGCUUAGUUUGCUGGACCCCUGGCUAGCAAGAUUGCUUCUGAUAAGGCGCGCCUACCUAUCAAUGAUUUUAGCGUCUUACAAACUAGACCCAAAUUAUUUAGAUCUUCUUGUAGCUUCUUAUAAUCCAAAUAUAAAUCUAAAAUAGCCUGAUCUUUUGUAAGACUUGACGAUGUAAAAAAUUAGAAUAUUUAAUACCUAUAAACGAAUUUUUAUAUUUGUACAAAAUUUGUUAUUGAAUUCAUUCCUACUUAUAUAAAUUUUACUUCGUUACAAAAAAUUGUUUAUAGUCAACUAUUUUUAAACAUAUCGUUAGAUAAUAAUUUUCAAUUAUUCUGUAUAAAAGUAGCUAAAAGUCUUUCUUUUACGCUGCUUUUACGCGUCUUAUUCAAUAAUUCAGAUUUGUAUUAUUUUACGAAAUGUAUAAGCUUCAUAAAAUAAUUAUGAUUUAAAGCGAGGUCGCUCCUAAUAUAGAAGAAUUUGGCAUAGGCGAUGACGAUCCUUCCAUCAUAACAUCAACUUGAGCUGCUGGAUCAUCACUUGUUCUAUUUCCGAUUUUAUCCCUAAGCGCUUGAUAUAAACUGUGGACUGCUUCAUUAUGCUACAGAGAAAAGAUUGUAAAUAUAUUUCAUUUCUUAUAUUUAAUUGAACGAUA